AGCAUCACAGAGACACAUGCACACACACACACAAUGGACGAUGUCAAAAUGCAGUGGGUGGAGUGCCCUUUGCUCGAUGACGACGGCAGCGCUCUCCACCCGCCCUCCUGCAGCGAUGAUGAGGACGAAGAUCACGUGGUGGAUCGCCUGAACCGGCGUGAGGGCCACUGCGCCACAGUUCUGACGUCUUCGGCCGAUGGCGGCGUACAGUCAUCGUUGUCGUCGUGGAUUGUGGUGUGCGGGGGGUACACAAAAGGCGUCGUUUCUGCGGUGCCCCUCGUGGCGCCCGCGUCGCUACUCCCCGCCCUGCAAUGGAGAGAGCUGCCGAUAGUGGACGUGUUUGAGCGCGAUGGGGCGUCUCUUACGACUGUAGAAAUUGCGCUGUGUGUCGCGGGAGCACAGCAUGACACCGCGAUGGGCAACGCAUCGACGGCGUACCUGUUUGGCGGGUUUGACGGUGACAUGAACCUGUGCAAUGCGCUUUACGCCGUUACUCUGUGCGGCGAGGGAGAUGAAACGGGGAUCUGGACGCCGACUACGAUUGGUGUGAGGGAAGUGACGACCACUGGCGAUGUGCCCACUCCGCGUGCACGCCACGGUGCGGGCGGGCGUGACGGCCGGCUCUUCCUCUUUGGCGGCGAGACCGCCACGCAGGAGCAGACAAACGACCUGUACGUGUGCGACGUGCGCACCGGGGUGUGGCGUGCCCUCACCGCGUCGUCAGUCUGCCCCGCACCUCGACUCCUUUCCCUCAGCUUGGUCUUCACCUCUCCCACCACGUUUGUCGUGUACGGCGGCGCUCACUUUGUGGAAGGGGCCGUGCAGAGCUUCGCGGAUGUCUGGAAGUGCGACAUCGACACGGAGGCGUGGACACCGGUUGCGGUGGUGGCCGGCGAGGAGCGGGACCUUCUGCCGCACUCAAACGGACACGCUGGCGGUGCCGUUGUCUUGCCUUCAGCGCCGCGCCGCACCUGCGCGGUGUUUGUGGGAGGUAAGAACGUCGCUGAGGGCGACGAUCGCGUGCGGAUGAUUGGCUUUUCGCCCCACGACGGCAGUGGUGAGGUGCGCGUGCGAGCUGCUUUGCCGGCGGUCGACACUGGAAGCUUUCCGCACUGGCGCUACACACCAGCUGUCGUGGCCACGCCAAAAGGGCUUUUGCUGCUUGCAGGGCAAUGCCGCCAUGCGCAGGUGCCAUCCAGCUUUCUCCUCACCUUUGCGUGA